GUAUCACUGAUCAAGACAAUGGACAGAAAAAAUCACCCUGUGGUGACUGAGUUUGUGUUCCUUGGACUUACCAAUUCUUGGUACAUGCAGCUUUUCAUCUUUCUAUUCUGUUCUGUGUUCUAUGUGGCAAGCAUGCUGGGAAACCUCCUAAUUGUGGUUACAGUGACUUCUGGCCCUUGUUUACACUCACCCAUGUACUUCCUGCUGGCCAACCUCUCCUUCAUAGAUCUUGGGGUUUCCUCUGUCACUUCCCCCAAGAGGAUAUGUGACCUUUUCAGAAAGCGCAAAGAAAUUUCAUUCUCUGGUUGCAUCACUCAGAUGUUCUUUAUUCACUUGAUUGGUGGCGUUGAGAUGGUGCUGCUUAUAGCCAUGGCCUGUGACAGAUAUAUUGCCAUAUGUAAGCCUCUCCAUUAUCUGACUAUUAUGAGUCCAAGAAUGUGCACUGUAUUCCUAGUGGCUGCCUGGACUAUUGGCCUCAUCCAGUCAGUGGUCCAGCUGGCUUUUGUUGUAAACUUACCCUUCUGUGGCCCUAAUGAAUUGGAUAGUUUUUACUGUGACCUCCCUCGGUUCAUCAAACUUGCCUGCGCAGACACAUAUAAACUGGAAUUCAUGGUCACUGCCAACAGUGGUUUCAUUUCCUUGGGCUCUUUCUUCAUCUUGGUCAUCUCCUACAUCUUUAUUCUGGUCACUGUUCAGAAACAUUCUUCAGGUGGUUCUUCCAAGGCUCUCUCCACUCUGUCAGCUCACAUCACAGUGGUGGUUUUGUUUUUUGGCCCCUUGAUCUUUUUCUAUACCUGGCCAUUCUCCACAUCACAUAUAGAUAAGUUUCUUGCCAUUUUUGAUGCAGUUCUUACACCUUUUCUCAAUCCAGUCAUUUAUACACUCAGAAACAAAGAGAUGAAGGUGGCAAUGAAGAAAGUGUGCAGUCAGCUUGCAAAUUUCAAGAAAAUAUCUUAA